AUGAGUAGAAAGGGAUUGGCAGUGAUGGCGGGGCUCGGAUUCGCGAUACGGUUCUUGGAGCGGUGGCGGCGCGCGCGACCAGCCCGAAAUGUACCAUUUCGGCUGGACUCCCAGUUCGGUUGGGCCCGACCGAACAUGGGGAGUUCAGCUGGGAAAUGGUACAGAGUAGGGCUGGGGCUCCUCUCCUCAUCUUCACCAUAUCCAUAUGGUGAAGAUGAGGAGAGGAGUUCUUCUCUUCUUCACAGAGGCCUCUCCUCUUCUUCACAGAUGGUGAAGAAGAGGAGAGGAAAUGGUGAAGAAGAGAAAACAGAAAAAGAGAAGCAAGAAGAAGACGAAGAAGAAGAAGAAAAAGAAGAAGAAAAAGAAGAAGAUGCAGAAAAAGAAGAAGAAGAAGAAAAAUAA